AUGAAGAGCAUGUUGAACAUUCGCCAUUAUGAUGUUGUCCUCCUGGGUAAAACAAGUGCGGGGAAAAGUGCUUCGGGAAACACGAUCCUGGGACGAGAGGAAUUUUCAACCAAGACUAUAAAGAAUCAAACCCCUGUAGUUCAAGGUGGUUGUGUGUUUAUUGAUAGAGUGACUCUCACAGUGUACGACACACCUGGACUCUUUGAUCCAGAAACAACGAAUGAAGACGUGAUGAAACAAUGGCAGCCUCUCCUUCAUUCAGUCCCAUCAGUCCCCACUGUGUUCCUGCUGGUGAUGAAGAUCGACAGAUUCACUGCAGAAGAGAAGAGAACUGUUGAACUGAUAGAAGAGUUUUUAGGAGAUCAGCGCCUUCAGAACACCUGGAUCCUCUUCACCAGAGGAGAUGAGCUGGAGAGUGAGGAUCUCACUAUAGAAAAAUGUAUAUCAGAGACUGAAGAGCUGAAGGGGGUCGUACAGAGAUUUAACAACAGAUACCACGUCUUCAACAACAUCAAACAUGAUCCUGAUCAAGUCAGAAGACUGAUAGAGAAAAUCAAAGCAAAUCAAAAGAUUACCAGUGUAGACCAAAAGAAAUCUUCAGAUUCUGAUCAUUUAGACCUGUUUAAUGAAAAAUCUGUAAAAUCACAAACUGAGAGAAACGUGAAGAGGUCCAGCACAGCUGAACCAGUUAUUAUUUCCAACAUUCCAUCCUCAAGUGAAUCUUCCAGUCUCACUGUGGUGCUGUUUGGAAACACCUCUGCUGUAAACUUUGGGGAAGAAAACAUUCUACUUGGAAAAGAGCCUGGUCACCCAGAGCAAACCCUGUUCACUAGAACAACAGAAGUAUCAGGACGUUCUGUCUCUGUUAUUAAUAUACUUGACUUGUAUGAAGGUGAACUCUAUCUGGACUCUGCGGAAAACAGCCCUAAACAGCUGCUCAGUAAAACCAGCAUCCAUGCCUUCAUCUUUGUACUACAACUGGGACAGUUAACUGACAGUAAUAAGGGGGGAAUAGAAUGGCUUCAGGAAUUGUUUGGUGAAGAUGUUCUACCAUUCACCAUGAUCCUCUUCACCUACGAGAGAGAGGAGGAUGAUGACAAAGUCAUAGAUGAACUGAAGAAAAACCCUGUUCUAGAGCAGCUGGUGGAGAAAUGUGGAGGUAGAUACUACACCUGCAGUAAGAGCAUGAACAACCAAUCAGAGAUGAAGGUGCUGCUAGAGAAGAUCGACCUCAUGGUCUCUGAGAACAGUCAGCGCUUAUACACUGCAGAGAUGUUCAACACAGUGUUAAUCCAAAACCAACACAACCACAUGACCCAGCAAAAUGAAGAAACUGCAGAUGCAACUCUAGGUACAAGUGCAGACUACACCAAAAUAGUUCAGAGUGAAGAGCAAUCUGGAACACUGGAAAACAAGGAAGAAAACUCAGUGGUUGGAGCAGAAGCAUAUCCAGACAAAUAUGAAGCACAACAAAAAAAAGAACAAUUAUUAAUUAAACUUAAUCUUACAGGAAAGUUAAAACAAAAACUGAAAACUGAAGAUGUUCUUAAAAUAAGUAAACCAUGCACAGAGAAUGAUAGGGUUCAAACUUUCCUACAAAGGCUGCUGCUGAUGAACUACAGAGCAAGAUGUGGAGAAUCUGGUCAAAUUAACAAAACUCAGAUACUGUCAGUUACUGAGAAUGAUGAUGAAGAUGAUUUUUAUACUGCCCUUUUCAAAAGCCAUUCUGAAGAAGCAGUUCAGUCCAGUCUUGUUCACCCCAUGGAUGUUCAGAUGGCAGUGUUCCACUGCUCAGAUAAUUUCCUAAAGCAGCUGAUAGUGACGAAGCUUUCACAGUGUCAGUACGCUCUGCCUCUACUGGUGCCAGAUCCCUUCACAGGAGAGAUUGAGUUUCCACUGUGGACGUUUCGACAGAUCAGAAAGAGCUGGAAAAGCACUGAUAACUCAAUGAAGAAAAUUAGCGAGGAAAAAAGUAUUGCUACUCUUGAAACUCCAAUGGUUUCAUUUUUCAGAAUUAGUGCCACAUCAACAUCAAAGUCUCAGCUGAUGAACAGACUGAUCAAUGAAAAACACGACACGUUCUUCCACAGGGACUGUCCAGGAAGCCGCAGAAAUCGUCUACUGAUGGACGGAGUGGUGGAGAUUGCCUGGUACUGCCCGUCUGGGAAAAGUACUGAUCAUUUCACUGAUUGUGUGGCAUUCUGUAAUCUACACGGUGAUGCAGAAACUCAUGAGAAACAACUGGAGAUUCUGACUGAAAUGUCCUCAGUAAAUGUGGUGGUUUUAGGUGAUCAAGAAAAAAACAAAAGAUUAACAAAGUUGCAGAAUCUUUAUAAACUGUCAAAACCUAUGAUUUGUCUUCUGUCUGAGGAAUCUUCAUCUGUCACUCAGUUGAGGGCUGGGAAAUACAGAAUUGGAAUUAAAAACAGAAAUCAGUCUGAUGUGUCUGAGGAACUAAGAAAAACAAUUGGAGAAUUACUUUCUAAAACUUUCACACUUGAAAAGUUGGCAGAACUCUCAGAUAUCAGAGUUGAUGAAGAAAAUGGAGAAUGCAAGCAAAGCAAAGAUUCAGCCAAAACAAGGACAAGCAUUCUAGAUGAAAAAGACAUUUCCACAAUGAAGGAAAAACAUUUCCCCUGCCACAGGAGACUGUGGAAAAACUGGUGUCAGAAAAACAAGGAACUACAUCGCCCCCUAGGUGUCAACAUAGAAUCAACGAGAAGCAGACUACGAAUGGAAAUGGAAGAAAUCCGUGAGCAGCAGAAAGCAUGUGGCCCCACUGAAUUCAUGAAGUCAUUUAUAGAAAAACUGAAUACACAAACUGCUGAAGAGAUGGAAUAUUUUCUUAAAUGGAUUACCAUCUUUCUGGACAAGCACAACUCAGAUCUGUCAUCCCUCCAGAAGGAUUAUGAUGACAAGUGGACGAAGAUCUUGAAUCUAAAGAAGAAGCAUGAUAAAUCUGGGCAACUAGAGAAGGAACAAACAGAACUUGAGAAGAUUUCAGAAAAUCUUAAUGCUGCAAAUUUUGGCUUAGAGCACAUCUUAAGGGAGAUUGGUCAGAUAUAUGAAUCACACAUAUCUGUAAAGAAAAAUAAAAAACAAGCAGAAGAAAAACUGAAUAGACUUUGUCUACCAGAACUUGCAGCAGAACUGAUUAUAUCGGGAUAUCCACUGGAGCUGAUGGACGGUGAUGCUGCUUAUGUUCCUCUGAUCUGGGUUUCUGCAGUUCUGGAUGACCUAAUCAGGAAACUGGGAGACCAGAGAGUCUUUGUGUUGUCUGUUCUGGGACUUCAGAGCUCGGGGAAAUCCACCAUGCUCAACGCCAUGUUCGGACUCCAGUUUGCAGUCAGUGCUGGAAGAUGCACCAAAGGAGCCUUCAUGCAGCUGGUGAAAGUGUCUGAGGAGAUGAAGGGGGAAAUGAAGUUUGACUACAUUCUGGUUGUUGAUACUGAAGGUCUUCGUGCUCCUGAACUGGCUGGAAUGUCAAUAAGACAUCAUGAUAAUGAACUGGCAACAUUUGUAGUGGGGCUUGGAAACUUGACUUUGAUCAACAUCUUUGGAGAAAACCCAUCAGAGAUGCAGGACAUCCUUCAGAUUGUUGUUCAGGCCUUCAUGAGGAUGAAGAAGGUCAGACUGAAUCCCAGCUGUGUGUUUGUUCAUCAGAAUGUUACUGAUGUUGCAGCUGGAGAUAAAAACAUGGAAGGAAGGAGACGUCUGCAGGAGAAACUGGAUGAAAUGACAAAGCUUGCAGCUAAAGAAGAAGUUUGUGAGGCAGAAAGUUUCAGUGAUGUCAUUGCAUUUGAUGUACAGGAAGAUGUGAGAUACUUUGCACAGCUCUGGGAGGGCAGCCCACCAAUGGCUCCACCAAACCCAUCAUACAGUGAGUGUGUUCAGGAGCUGAAAAUGACCAUUCUCAAAAAAGCAUCUACAUCUCACACACUGACACUGUCUGGAUUCAGCACACGAUUAAAGGAUUUGUGGAGCGCACUCCUUCAUGAAAAUUUUGUGUUCAGCUUCAGAAACACACUGGAGAUCGCAACCUACCGAAAACUGGAAUCGGAAUUUAGUAAAUGGACCUGGAACUUUAGAAGUGCCAUGUUGAGUAUAGAAGAUAAACUCCUGAACAGAAUAGCAAAUGGAGAUCUUCAUGUGGGUGAAAAAGACAUUGUAAUAAAUAUGAAGAAGACAAGGGAGGAAGUGACAAAGUCAAUGAUGGAAUUCUUUGAGGAGGACAAGGACAAAGACACUCUGAUUCAGUGGAAAGGCAGAUUCACUUCUAACAUUGGAGAACUUCAUGAUGAACUGGUCAGAGAAACAAAGAGAAAACUGGUUGAAGUCAUUGAGCAGAAGAAGACUAAAGAGACGCUGGAGAAAAGAAAGACAGAAUAUGAAGAGAAGCUCUUUAAUCUGAGCAAGGAGCUGGCUCUGAGGCAAAACAAGGAAAAGGCAGAUGAACAAACACUCAAGAGAGAAUUUGACAAUGUGUGGAUGAAAUGGAUCAAUGACCUCACAAAAAACACACCAAAAAUUAAGGACAUAGAUUUUUGGGAGGAUGCUAAAAGAAUCUUAUCUGAAAGUUAUGAAAUAUCCCUUGUGCAUGAACGUCUUUCACAGAAAGCCUUUAUAAACAUCAGCCGCCUGGGAAAUUUCAGUGAUUACAUUGUUUUGAACAAGAGUGAUGAUCUUUCUAACAACAGUGAAAAACCUCAGACUCGGACAAAGGGAGGAUGGACUUUUAAACCUGUGCAGAUUGUGAGUAAUAUUUUUAGGAAGAAAGGGGAUGCUAAUGCAGAAGAGCAAAACCUAAUAAGAGAUCUAAUCAAUGACAUUGUUGAGAAAACAUCACAGAUAAUUAAGGUAAUAUGGCGUGCACAGUCUGGCUACAACAGCGGUCAGGUUCAGGAAAUAAUAGACUUUGUAAAAACCAACUUAAAGAAAUUUCAAAUAAAAAAGCAGAGCUACAAGUUUAAGAAAGAAUUCACCGUGGAUCUGUGCCUGUAUGUAUGUGACCUGACAAAACCCAAAUUUCUGGAGUGCCAUGAACAAUUCACCAAAGCAAACGAUCCAGAGCAUUACCUGGAGAGUCAGAAAGAACAGUACUACAAUGUCUACAAGAACUUCUGCCAAGGUGCCACAACAACAGCAAUAUUUGGAGAACUUCUCUGCAGCAAACUUGAACCAUCAAUCCUGGAAGCAGUUUACAAUCAAACUGCUAUCAAUGUGGCAGCAAACAUGAGGGCUUCAAGUCCUGCAUUUAACAGUAACAGAUCAAACUUGGAGAAGCAUAUCCUGAAAACCCUUGCAGAGGAGGAGAACUUUGAGGACUACAGAGAGUAUAUUCACAGUCCCAAACAGUACUUUACAAGAUUCAUCAUGAAUCAGGCUGACAAGUACCUCAAUGAUGAGAAAAACAAGAUUCAGACCAUUUUCAGAGGAAAUUUGAAAAACCUAAAGCUGAAAAUUAACAAUGCAGUGUAUGUUGCAACAGAUGAGGUCCUAAAAAAACAAGGAAAUGCCAACAUAUGGAUGGAAUGCUUCUCUAAACCUCUGAUAGAAGAUCUGAAAUUCACUGAAAUCUCAAAUGUUGAUUCCAUGGAAAUCACAGACUUUGAUUUUCUUAGCAAAAUUGUAACUGAAGGUCUUACAAAAAUGGUGAAAAAUCUGCAUGAAGCAGACAUAAAACUGGAAAUGCUCCAGAAGAGAUCAGAGGAGAUUCUAACUGAUCAUUUCUGUCAGUGUUGCUGGGCCCAGUGUCCUUUCUGUAAAGCCAUCUGCAUCGGCACAAUGAAAGAUCAUGAUGGAGAACACAGUGUUCCUUUCCAUCGGGCAAAUGGAAUCAGUGGGAUGUAUUACAGAGGAACAGAGGAUCUCUGUUGUGAUUUCUGUACAACUGCGGUUCAGACUGAUAAAAGAUUUUUCCCCAGAUCAGAAUCAGAGGAAUUAUUUCCUUACAAACAGUACAGAACAGCUGGAGGAGUAUUUGCUACCUGGAACAUCACCCCCGACUGCUCUGAGCUGCCGUACUGGAAGUGGUUUGUGCACAGAUUCCAGAAGGACCUGGAAAACCUUUACAGUAAAAAAUUCCAGGGGUCAGGAAAAAUUCCUAAUGAAUGGAAGAAGUACACCAAGGAGGAUGCUUUAGAGAGUUUGAAUAAUUACAUAUAAAGACAAAGAGAGGUUAAAUG